AUGUCCAAGUUGCCCAUCCCCAUCCUCUCCAUGUGCAGUGAAGUGGCUUUUGCUGGAGUCGCCGUCAUGGCUGAGCGAGCUCCACGGGCUGCGCUCCUGCUGGCCCCGCUGCUGGUGCUGGCGCUGCUGUUGGCAUCGCCAGCCCUGGGCCGGGGCGGCCGGGAUCACGGGGACUGGGACUCGACCUCGCUACUGCCGCCGCUGCCGCCCCGCGAAGACGCUGCGCGCCUGGCCCGCUUCGUGGCGCACAUCUGCGACUGGGGCGCUUUGGCCACCAUAUCCCAGGUGCCUGCGGUGCUCGGCUGGCCCUUCGCCAACGUCUUCUCACUCAGCGACGGGCCCCCAGGCACGGGCAGCGGCGUGCCCUACUUCUACCUGAGCCCGCUGCAGCUCUCCGUGGGCGACCUGCAGAAUAAUUCACAUGCUACGCUGACAAUGUCGUUGGCACAGACGAACUUCUGCAAGAAACAUGGAUUUGAUCCCCAGAGUCCCCUUUGUGCUCACAUAAUGUUGUCAGGAAGUAUUACUAAGGUGAAUGAGACCGAAUUGGAGUUUGCAAAGAAUGCAUUAUUCACUCGGCACCCUGAGAUGAAGACGUGGCCUUCCGAUCAUAAUUGGUUCUUUGCUAAAUUGAAUAUAACCAAUAUCUGGGUCCUGGACUACUAUGGUGGAGCUAAAAUCGUGACCCCUGAAGAAUAUUACAAUGUCACAUUUCACAUCUGGGGAGGAUGGACCCUCAGCCGAGAACCCGGCACUUGUGCGCAUGCGCUAGAGGUGGGCACAGUUCGGCAGGAGCGCAGACGGUCCCGGUCCCGUUUACAAUCAGGGCCCCAACCAGGUCUACAAC